CGACAAGACUCGAUUGCAUUUACAUCGGCCGUUGUUCACCGUUACUACCGCAGUUGCAUCGCAUCGCAUCGCAUCACAUCACAUCACAUAGGAUCACUGCUCGUUCAACAAUUACACCUCGGGACACCGCGACUCGGUGCAUCACACUCGUUUUAUUCCUCGCUGUCUAGGUACCAGUGCAUUCUGCGAUGUACUGUUGGAUUCAAUCCAACCCAAUCCAAAUAACCACACCGAAUCUUUGAGAAGCUCCAUCACUGAAGCUACUGUACCUACUAGUCAGACCGGGAUACCUUAUUAGUGCCGAUACGAUAAAGCCAAAAAAGAAAACUGCGCCAUCACUGCCCUGCUUCACUGCAGAUUUCCUCAUCAUACCAGGCCAGGCUACCUACCUAUCCACCCACCACGACGGGAAAUUCUAACCUAUUCCUGUCACCAUCAUCGCCUUGCAUCGUAUCGACCAUCCCGUAUACCUGCCAACGUCGCCCAAUCCUCGUGUACGGUGCUGCCACCCUUCGCCCCGUCACGAUCCCCCGAUACCUAUUUCAUUCCGCCUACUGUAUUCUGACUCUGCGCCACAUUUCCAGCUGAAGAGUUGCGGCCGUGGUUGGCUUAGUACUUUGGACAACGUCUGUAUACCCUCCCUUGCCAAGGUGGAAAAGUCGGGACGUUUGUGGCGUCAAAGCGAACUUCUCGUUCCUGCGACUCUGGGCAGAAGAGCAGAGUGGGCGAAUGAGAAGGGGAAAAGAGGGAAGGGGGGAAAACCACACAACACCAAGCAUUUGCUAUCACAGCAGUUUGAGCCUCGUGAUUGCGACCCUCCACGAGAGUUGCUGCCCCUCACCCUCCACUUCGCGAUAACCGGCAUAAGCGGCACCCUUCUUAGAAGUCGCCGAUUGCGACGUUGCUCAAGCUGGCUUCAUCAAGCUCACCCUUCGGCUCUUCGAGCUCGUUUAGCGAUCGCCCUUCCCGUGCAUUUCAUACCAGACAACGGUCUUCUGUCAGCCAUAUCGUGAUCAACCCGGGCUUCCUAUCUUCCGAUCCCCAGAGGCCACAGCAGCCUCACAACAGUCCCUUAUCUCCAGUUCCUGAUACCCCAGGUCCUUCCAUGACCCUUUCGCGAAGCCCUUCACCUGUUCCCGGUGGUGGUUGGUCAAGUCCAGGCUUGAGCCUUGACAGUGGGAGGUCGACUCCAGCGAACGUGAGCGGUGGCCCUGUUGUAUGGGAAUCGGCCAAGAUGCGACCUCACAACUCUAGCACAUUUUCUUCAUUUUCGACUCAAAACAAGGGUUUCUUCAGCAGACACAUGCGGCGACUAUCGAGCAGUCUCCCGCAGUUUAACGGGCAGCGUGAGACGUGGAAGGAAAAGCAUGGACGGGGGCCAAGAUGGAUUCGAAAGGUACCACUCGCCGGUAGAAUACGAUCGAUCUAUGGGCGAAUGGGCAGGAGACUAAAGAUGUCUCUGCUGUUCAUGCUGGUAGCGAUACUCUGCUAUACCAUUUUCUACACAACCCCUCUUGUAUAUUACUGGAGGAGAUCUUUCGGCGGCGGCAACAAGUUUGUCAUUAUCUUGGGCGCAAAUGUUGGAGGUGGUGUCAUGGAGUGGAAGGGCGCCAGAGAAUGGGCUAUCGAGCGAGACAGCGUGCGAAACAAGCGAAAGUACGUCAACCGAUGGGGCUACGACUUGGAAAUUGUGGACAUGAGCACCAAGAAGAAGUAUGCGCACGAGUGGCGGGAGAGCUGGGAGAAAGUUGACUUUAUUCGGUCGACCUUGAGGAAGUAUCCCAAGGCUGAAUGGGUUUGGUGGCUGGACUUGAACACAUUCGUCAUGGAGCCCUCAGUAUCGCUUCAAGACCACAUCUUCAACCACCUGCAGACAGAAGUCGAGCGCGACAUCAACUAUUUCAACCCUCGCAACAUAUCGCAUCCUUUCACGAAUCAUUAUCUGGACGAGGUCUCGCGAAGCCCUGUUGGGGAUGGUAGGGCCAACUCGAUCAACAUGAUCAUGACACAGGAUUGCGCCGGCUUCAACCUGGGAUCCUUCUUCAUGCGGCGCAGCGACUGGACGGACAGGCUGCUCGACGUUUGGUGGGAUCCUGUCACAUAUGAGCAGAAGCACAUGCAGUGGGAGCACAAAGAGCAAGAUGCACUGGAUCAGCUAUAUCAAACGCAGCCAUGGGUGCGCAAGCAUGUCGGCUUCCUACAUCAGCGCAAGAUCAACAGUUUCCCACCCGGAGCUUGCAACCCCGACGGCGGACCUAAGGAUAAGCACAUCCACUAUGAGGAGAACCAGCGCGAUUUUCUGGUCAACAUGGCAGGGUGUGAAUGGGGCCGAGACUGUUGGGGCGAGAUGUACUAUUACCGUGAGUUCAGUUACUGGCUCAACCGAAACCCAUGGGAGCGCUUUAAGGAGGAUCUCAUUGCGGUCCUCUGGUUCAAGCUCACCGGCAAGAAGGUCAAGUUGUGAAGGGCACUUGAAUGAAGCUGUGAGAUGAAUGAAGCGACGAGUUACUCGAUUGUUUGUUGGGACAUAGACGCAUCAACUCGGCGAGACGAUAUACGGGGAACGGACACGGACACGAAAAACAGUCUAAUGGUAUGACUGUGCUGAUGCUUGCCACGGAGUUCUGUACAUGAUUUGCACUCUUUUUUUUUUUCCUUUUCUCGACUGCAUAUACCCACUUAGACGAGGCAUUAGAAAGAGAAUCGCGACAGUCGAGAGAUGUAAGGGGAAAUCUCGGCUGCAUAUCGCACGGAGAGGCUUGAAUUCGGAAGCAUCGCCUGCUUGCCGGACCGUCACGGUAUGAAAUGAGAGGAGAUAUGGAGUGUUUUAUAGAUAUGAAAAGGUUGUUGUUAGGUUGUGGGGGAGGAUGUAUGUAGAGUUUCAUGUGGCUGGCAAUUAGGAAGAAACACAUAACAUACUUACUAUGUACCUUAAUUACAGUACCUCUAGCGUACCUGUACCUGAGGAGCUGGGAUUGCGAUCGGUCCGAAAGAGAAAGAAAACGUUUAACCACCUACGGGGGAAUUAUCCGAUAAUUACUGAUACAUGUGUAUAUAUGCAUGUAGGUACAGUCGUAUUGAGGUGCGUGGAG